CAGCCAUUUUGACAGGGCUGACUUCUCGCGUUGCUACUACUUCUUCGGGAUGAUGAUCAAUCACUUUCUUGCCUUUGCUUCCUGCUUGUUGGCAGAGGGAGUUCCAGCGGAUCAACUUGAUGCACCUCACCAUUGGGUGCCUGCUGAGCAAUGCACCUUUGUGAAUCCACCUGUGGUCGCAUACUAUUGGGAUCCCAAGUGCAAGAAUCCCAGAACCUCUUUGGGAUGUUGGGCUGAUGGUGUCCAUGCCGAGUGCCGCUUCUGUGGUGAAGAGCCCUACACCGGGGUUCGUUGUCCACGUGAGAGUAUUGUGCCAAGCACCAAGGCUUGCAGCUUUGACGAUCCUCCGAUUGUGCCGUUUUAUUGGGAACCACGUUGCAAGAAGGGAAUGUUGGGAUGCUUGGCUGAUGGCAAGCACUUGGGCUGUCGAUUCUGCGGUGAAGGGAGCUACAAAGAGAUCGAAUGCCCUUCAUCCACAUGCUCCUUCGUAAAUGAACCGGUGACUCCUUACUACUGGGACCCGUUGUGCCGAAUGGGAAUGCUGGGAUGCAAUGCAGAUGCAAUUCACGUGCAGUGUCGCUUUUGCGAUCAGACGCCAUUUCACUCUGUGCGUUGCCCAGAAAGUGCCAGACCACACUAUCCCAAUGGAAAGUGCUGGUUUCCUCAAGGCACUGCUCAAAACUACAAGUGGGACAAGACUUGCAAGUGGGGCAAGGUUGGGUGCUGGGCGGAUGGUGUAAAUGCUCAGUGCCGCUAUUGUGGACCUGGUUCAGGAGGGGUCUACAAGGAAAUCGACUGCGAGGAGUCUGUCUUUCCAUAAUGGACGUGCAUGGAAAAGCUGCAUUGCUGAGGUGAUGGACUCGGCUUGCAGCUUGUUAUACGGCCUUUGCGGCACACAAGACUUUGCAGCAAACAAGGCCUACAGCAAACAAUUGCAUCUUUUGAGUUUUGAGGCUCUAGGCCCUAAAUCAUGAGAGUAUUCUUAAGGAUGCUCUCAGUGCACGACUGGACACCUGUGCCUCUGCAAAGGUCAGCCCAAAUUCUAGGCUGUUCUUUGCGAUAGCUGGAUGGUGAAAAAUCCCUGUUGUGGACUCGGCGUAUAGCUCAAUGCCACGUGAAUCUCGAC